GUUUAUCAAAACGCGCCACGAGGCGUCGUUUUGAUUAUGAGUUGAAAAAACCGGUAACCGGUAGUCUUUUUUGAGUUUUUUUAACUGAAGUGAUUAUGCGGUUUAGUUACGGUUAGAGAGAAAUGAAGGCGCUAGGCAUUGUCGUUGGUGCUGCCCCAUUGCCCGUGCUGUGUUCGCGUGCUCGGAACCAUCGUUUUCGCGUUUCCUUUUCUUCUCCUUCGUCAGGUUCCAAAGCGGUGGAACAAGUGGGAAUUGCAGCUGCGAAACCUGAAUACAAGCCUGGGGUGUUUGAUGACAUGUUUCUCAAUUUGUUCCGCAACAAAUUGGUACAGGAAGUUGGAUGGGACUCGAAGGAACCUGGAUAUGAUGGACUAAUUGAAGUUGCGCAUCGUCUAAUGAUGAAGGGCACUUCCAAUUCUACUACCGUGGAAGCAGCGGUACGAAUAUUGAGGUCUCUGUUCCCUCCAUAUCUUUUGGAGCUCUAUCAAAUGCUCAUAGCUCCCAUAGGAGGAGGCAAAAUUGCGGCUAUGAUGGUUGCAAGGGUUACUGUAUUGACUUGCCAAUGGCUAAUGGGCCCUUGCAAAGUGAAUUCUGUUGAUCUAACAGAUGGAACCUCAUGCAGUAGUGGGGUGUAUGUGGAAAGAUGCAGGUAUCUGGAGGAAAGCAAGUGUGUUGGUAUUUGUACCAACACCUGUAAGUUUCCGACACAGACCUUCUUCAAGGAUCAUAUGGGGGUUCCAUUACUUAUGGAGCCUAACUUUGGCGAUUACAGCUGUCAGUUCAAAUUCGGAGUUCUUCCCCCACAAGAUGAUACCAUCCUGAAGGAGCCAUGCUUGGAAGCCUGUCCAAACGCUUCCCGACGACGCAUGGUAGCCAACAAUGUAGAUGUAACUACGUGCCCAAAGGCAUGAAUUCAUUUUUCUGAGACUUGGGGUUUUCACCUUUAUGUUCACUGUCCAAAGCCUCAUGUACAUUCUUGAAGAAGGAAAUACAGCGAGAACCCAUGAAAUUAGUAAUACAACUUAUCCUUUUCCAACUAGAUUAUAUGGAGUGCUGAUAUUUUGUACUUGAAUACAUUGAUAUUUAAUCUCCUGGAUUUAGACAUUUUACGAUAAUGAUAUAAUACAAAAACGUAUUUUGUCUUUUGA